UAGCGACCUCUAGUGUCAAUCCUGUGGUGUCGCACCAACGUGUAAUGUUUACUUCCUGCUUGACUGUACUGCUUCCUGUGGACAGCUGGGAGCAGCAGCAGCAGCCCUUCUUCUAGUGCACUUUGCUCAUUUCCCCCAACUUCCCGCACGCGUUACGGUUUCAUGAACAGAGUCGUGUCUCACUGCGCUCACUGCCCACUCCCGUUCCAGUCGACGCUAGCCCCCCGAGCUAAGCUGACCGCUUACCUGCAGUAUCAUCAGCAGCAGCAGCAGCAGCAGCGGUCGUCAAGGCAACGAUGAACAUCCUCCCGAAGAAGAGCUGGCACGUCCGCAACAAAGACAACGUCGCGCGUGUGCGGAAGGACGAGGCCCAGGCAGCGGAGGAGGAGCGCGAGGCCAAGCGGCGCGUGGAGCGUGCCGAGCAGGAGGCUCGUACAGAUUAUCUAAGAGGCAAAUCCCGAGCCACUCUCCAGUCGGCAGGAGUGAGGACCGAGGAUGAUGAUGAGCGGAGUGGGGGAAGUGGCGUUCUGGAGCAUCUCAAUCUGUUUCCUCUGGAGGAGUCCUCGGAGAAGAAGGGGAACGAAGAGUAUCUCAAAGAGAAGAAAGAUGAACAGGAGAAGCAGGAGCGUGCCAUCGGCUUGCUGGUGUCUCUUGGGCCCCAGCCUGGUUCUGAGGUGACUCCGUGGUACCUGAAAACUGGGAACGAAAAAGAAGAGAGGAAAGAAAAAGAAGAAAGGAAAGAAAAGGGAAAGGGAAAGGGAAUAAGUGAGGAGGAGAGAGAGAAGAGGGAUCGUAGAUUAAAGGACAGUUUGGACCCGUUGAAAGACAUGAAGAAAGCUCUUGCUGUGAACGGCAGAAAAGAACACCGGAGCAAGAAAAAGGAAAGAAGAGACAGAGGGGAAAAGAGGAGCAGUGGGGAGAGCUCUAUAGAAAGGUUACGUGCUGAGCGUUUACAGAGGGAGGUUGAAGAAAGGAGGCGAGCCCAGGCCCUGCUCGACCAGAAGAGUGGCAAAGGAAAGGACAAGGAGCCUGGGAGGGAGCUGAACGACAGGGAAAGGCCAUACAACACCGCCUUCUUCCCAGAACUUGCCCGCAAGCGACAAAGGCGGGAUCGAGACAGCUGGAGAGAUGAAAUAUUAAAAUCUUGAACUGUGACCAGUUUGUUUCUAAGUGUAAAAGCCCAGAGGAAAGAAGGUAACGUGGUGAUCUGGUGAUGCUCCUGUCCAAAAGUUGAUGAUGAGGCAGCUUGUGGCCAUCAGAUCAUCCAUUUUUUAUUUAUUUUUUGUGCACUCACAGAAGGAAAGUCUUGCUGUGAAGUCAGGGGUGAGGUUCAGCUGCAGCUACCUCUGCGCCUGCAGUGUUUUGCUACGUCAGCAGGGCAGAUGGUUGCCAUCACAGGGGGCUUCAGCUCAGGCUGUCAUCAAAGAAAAUAUUCUCUUAGCAUGGUUGAUAUUACUUUUAUAUUAUUAUUAUUAUUAUUAUUAUUAAUUAUUUAAAGAUUGUAAGGUGAGCGAACACCUGCACACGCUGAGUGAACAGUCAAAUUGUAAUACUGGAAAGAGUCGGGCUGAAACAAUAAUUUGAUUCAUCAGUUGGUACAUUGACAGAAAAUGAAUCUGAUAAAAUCUCAUAAACAGUUCGUUGUGUAAGUCAUUCAACUUAAGUCUCUCAAAUUUGAGGAUUUAGAUCUGAAAAAGUGAACUAAAUCUUGUUGGGUUUUAGACAAUUGGUUGAAUAAAACAAUCUGAAAGCA